AUGCGUCUUUUACCAACGCUCGCCACCGCGCUCCUGUUCGCAGUCAAUGUGACAGGAAGUCCGGCCGCUGCUUCAGGCCCAGCGCAAUCCGUAACUCCCGCUGCGAACGUUGUGGACGAGGCCGCCCCGACAACCCCAGCCGCUCAAGCAAACAAUGUCAACCAAGCCAAUGCUGCCGUUGCUGAUAGUACUACUGUCGCCGACACAGCCAAAGCCGCUAACACCGCUACUGCUGCUGUGAAGGCAGAAGAUGAUGCCGCUGAUGCGGAUACUGCCGAACCGACCAAGGCCAACCCUGUGGAAUCCGUGGUUGGCGGCAUCAAGACUGCUCUUGGUGUCGAUACAAAAGAAUCAACCGAAUCAGCCGAUGCACCCGCCCCCACCAAGACUGCUGAUAGCUCGGUUGCUGAGCCCAAGUCCUCCGCUGCCGAGACUACCUCAGCUGCCUCUGCUGCAGGCACCUCGAGCACAAAGUCUACCAGCUCUGAUAGUGAUUCCGACACCGACUCGGACAGCAGUACUGCCAAAUCUUCUGAUAUCCUGCCAGAUAUGAAAGAAGCCAUCUCAGAUUUGUUCGGCGGUAGCAGUGGCGGUAUCGGAGACCUUCUGCAUGGGCUUGAAAGUCUACUUAACCCCAAAUUCUUGGGUAACUUCGCCGACACCUUCACCUAUCUCUCGACCGGUCUAGCACCCCCGGUCGACAACCAGCUCCGAACCCUGGUGGCCAAUGGCAAUGACCUCCUCAGUUCGAGCUUCGUCAAGAAGACCGGCUCUCUCAUUGACAAUGCCAACGAGCUCUUGACCGCAGAGAACACCAAGGAGAUUGGGGCUCUCCUCAAGGUCGCUAACAAAUUGUUGUCCAGUCAAUUCAUCGACAAGGUGGACAGCCUCAUUGACAACGCCAACAACCUCCUCACCUCCAACUUCGUCAAGCAGACCACCAACCUCAUUGAGAAGGCCAGCCCUCUUAUUGACGACGCGAGCGGCCUACUUACCGAAAAGAAUGUUCACGCGAUUGAGUCGCUCUUGACAAAUGCCAACACGCUGCUCACUGCCACAUUUGUCAAGGAAACCAGCAACCUCAUCGGCAAGGCCAGCCCCCUUAUCGACGACGCUAGUGGUCUACUCACUGAGGGCAAUGUCAAGGCGAUCGAGAGUCUGCUCGGCAACGCCAACAAGCUGCUCACGCCCAGCUUCAUCUCCACUACUGGCAAGCUCAUUCAGCAGGCCGGUCCCCUUAUCAACCAGGCUAGCGGUCUCCUCACCGAGGGCAAUGUUAAGGAGAUUGAGGCACUCCUGAACAAUGCCAACAAGCUACUCACGCCCGGCUUUAUCUCGACUACCGGCAAGCUCAUCAAGCAGGCCGGUCCCCUUAUCAGCCAGGCUAGCGGGCUUCUUACCGAGGGCAAUGUCAAGGAGAUCGAGAGUCUGCUGGGCAAUGCCAACACGUUGCUCACGCCUAGCUUCAUCUCGACUACCGGCAAGCUCAUCAAACAGGCCGGUCCUCUUAUCAACCAGGCUAGCGGUCUUCUUUCCGAGGGCAAUGUCAAGGACAUCGAGAGUCUGAUUGGCAAUGCCAACAGCCUGCUGACUACCAGCUUCGUAAACCAGACCACCAGCUUGAUCGAUGAAGCUAGCGAGCUAUUGUCUUCGGAUACCAUUGACAGUCUGAAGUCUCUCCUCGUUCAGCUCGCUCCUAUCAUCCCCGAGCUGAAGGGCCUGCUCAAGCCAGCCACUAUCAAGGCAAUCGAGAACGUACUAAGCAAUGCCAACAAGCUGCUCACGGAGUCCUUCGUCAAGGACACCAACACCCUGAUCACCGAGGCUGUCGGUCUUCUCACUCCCGACCUGGUCAAGGCUCUGAAGUCGCUCCUCAGCGAUCUUACUCCGCUGAUCCCCGAGUUGCAGUCACUGUUGACCAAGGAAACGGUCAAAUCGAUCGAGACCCUUCUAAACAACGCCGGGGACCUGCUCACGUCGGACUUCGUCAAGGACACCAAGGGCCUUGUCGGCGAGGCCGGCGACCUCCUCACUCCAGAGGUGGCCAGUGGAUUGAAGUCGAUCCUGAAGGACGUCAUUCCUUUGCUACCGGAGGUGAAGUUGCUUCUGAACAAGAGCACCCUCUCUGCCAUUGGUUCUCUCUUGACCAACGCCAACACCCUCUUGACCCCCAAGUUCGUCAACGAGACCAUUGGUCUGAUCGACAGCGCCGACGACCUCCUGACCCCAGGCAUCGUCACUGGACUCAAGGAACUCCUUGGCGACGUCGGCCCUCUGAUCCCCGAUCUGAGAAGGUCACUCCUGAACACAACCAUCAUCACCGACCUGGGAUACAUCGUGACCAACGCUACCACUUUGCUCACGCCCCACUUCGUCGUGGAGACCACAGAUCUCAUCGACAACGCCGAUGGCCUUCUGACACCCAAGGUGGUCACCGUGCUCAAGGAUAUUCUUGGAUACGUACCCGACUUGAUGCCCGAGGUGAAGAAGUUGCUCAAGCCCUCUACCAUUUCGGAUGUUGGAGCACUAUUGGCCAACGCUCAUGAUCUCCUCACUCCCAAGUUCGUCAAUGAGACAACACUCCUGAUCGAUGAUGUUACAAGCUUCUUGCCUUUGAUCCAGGAAUUACUCAAGGCGCUGUGA